AUGACUAUCACCAGUGGCUCGGAGCCUACAGCUUUUGGAAAGCCAAUGUUGAAGCAUUGGCAGUUUGACCCCUCAUAUACAAAUCUUAACCACGGUUCCUAUGGCGCGAAUCCCAUCGUAGUCCGAGAGAAGCAACGUGCUCUUCAUGGUCUCGUCGACAACCGUCCAGACCCAUAUAUCCGGGUCGAGCAAGCGAAACUUCUCGGCCAAGCUCGGGAAGAGGUCGCUGCCAUUAUUCACGCCCCAAAGGAUGAAUGUGUCUUCGUGAGGAAUGCAACAUCCGGCGUCUACACUGUUCUUUUCAAUCUGAACUUCCAAAAAGACGAGGCGAUCAUUUAUUUUGAGUCUGUGUAUGGAGCCGUGGAAUAUGGCUUCGUCUCUUUGCAAGAACACUCUCCUCUCCAAGCUCGCAAAGUUCCUUUCGAGUUCCCCAUCGCAGAGGAUGAAUUGGAACGCCGUUUCCGUGAUGUGCUUAGCAAGGCGCGCGCUGAUGGUCUGAAAGUACGCGCUGCAGUCUUCGAUGCGGUUGUCAGUAAUCCGGGUGUUCGAUUUCCUUUCGAACGGUUCGUCAAAAUCUGUCGCGAAGAGAGUAUUCUUAGCGUGAUUGAUGGUGCCCAUGGUGUUGGAAUGAUUCCUCUCAAUAUGGAGGAGCUGCAACCUGACUUUUUCAUAUCCAACUGCCACAAAUGGCUCUACACCCCUCGCGGCUCGGCAGUGCUUUACGUACCCAAACGUAACCAGCACUUCAUCCGCACAACACUCCCCACAUCGUGGGGCUUUAUUCCUGGACCCAAGACUCCCGAUGAUAUCUCAUCCGGCAUCCGAUCUAUGUCCUUACAGGACCAGUCAGCCAGAUUCCAGCAAUUAUUCGCAGAGACCGCAACAAACGACGAUUCUUCCUAUGUCUGCGUUCCUGCAGCUCUGAAAUUCCGCCGGGAAGUCUGCGGUGGCGAGGAAGCCAUCAUGUCUUAUUGCCAGACCCUUGCCAACGAAGCCGGUGAUCUAAUUGCCGCCGCUCUUGGAACAGAUGUACUCCAAGAACCAGAUCUCAAGCCUGGCGAGAAGAGUAAUAUGCGUCAAUGCUGCAUGACUACCAUCCGUCUGCCUAUCGGGGUUGCGGGCGCUGAUCUCGGGGGCGCUUGGGGAACCUUAUCCUCCGAGGAGAUGAAUCUCGCAGUCGUGCAUAUGCAGCGAUCGUUGGUUGCUAAGUAUGAUACGUUCCUUCCUAUUUUCCGCCAUGGUCCGUGGUUGUGGACUCGUAUUAGUGCUCAGGUCUAUCUGGAGAAGAGUGAUUUUGAGUGGGCUGCUGGUGUCCUGCGUGAGCUGUGUGAGAAGGUUGCUCAGAAGGAUUUCACUGAGGAUUUUACUGAGAAGAAGCCUCAGAUUGCUGCUAAAUAG